AUGAACCGCUCCAUCGAACAAUCCCUCACAUCUCUCCUCCCCCGCCUCACAACCGACCUCCCCUCAGACCUUAUCAACCUUGCCUCCUCCCUCGUCGCGCAAUCCCGAAGUGUAGCCAGCAACCUCAAGCAAGAUGAAGAAAUAGGCCGCGCCUACGUCUGCGCUCACAUUGCCUGCGAGCGCCUCAAAUCCACUCUCAACCUUCCUCUAAUCGAGCCACGCCCUCCCGUCCCCCCACGCGUCUACACAAAGCUCUACACCUACCUCUCCUCCGCCCUCGUGGCGCGCCCCCAGCGAACACCCAAGAAAGUCCAGCGCCUCGAAGAUGCGCAACUACCACCCUCCAAUACCAAAACACCCACGCGACGGAAGUCCAACCCCACCUCGACGACCCCGGCAGGCCUCCCGCUGCCCAGCCGCCCAACGCCCUCAAAAGAGCGCUCGCUAGCCGCGUUUCGCCCGCAGAACAAGAGUCGCAAGUCGGAGCUGUCACAUGGAGGGCGUGGUCGCGAGAUAGCGGCGUGGAUACGGCCUGUGGUGAGGGGGUUGUGCGCGAAGAUGGAAGCGAGGGGCGCGAUUGCGCAUGUGCUUGCGGGUGUGGGGAGUGUGUUGACGCUGCCGACGCCGAAGCCAGAAAAAGGGGAAGCGAAGGAGAAGGAGAAGGUUCCGGCACUGGUGGCGGCGGUAUAUGUCUUGGUGCAUACUAGGUUGACUGGGAAAGAGGUUAAUGGGAAGGAGUAUGUGGCUCUACGGCGAGGUAUUCUUGCUACGUUGAAGGCUUUGAGGGCAGAUGAAGAGGUGGUGGGGAAGGUUGAGAAGGAAGAACCGGGCGAGAAAGGAUGGGAGGGGUGGACAGAUAUUGUGGGGAAGGAUGUGGAUGCUUGGCUUAUGCAGUUAAGCUCGAAGGGGUGGGUGGGAUUGGACUGGUUUGAGAAUAUCGAGAGCGGCUCUGGCAUCGAAGGACCAGAAGCACGUGAUGAGCCGAUGGAUGAUGCGGAAGACGAGGACGCCGAUGGAGACGAUAAUGGAGAAGAGGAUUCGAUUAUGGGGCUAGGAACUAUGAUGCAGGAACGCGUGGAUUACCUGAGCACCAGGAAGAGAGAAGAAUAUCAGAUCUGGAAAGACGGGAUAUUAGAGAAAAUAGAAAGGAUCGAGAGGGCAGAGGCUGGGGCGGAUGAUAUGGAUACGACUUAG